AUUGGUAGUCGGUUUCCGCGUUCUCAGCGAAAAGCAUGAUACUGUAUAGUUUACUCUUAGUCCUGGCACUGGUAGUCUUGGCUCAAGGAGCGAGCCUUGGCCAGGACGAAAGACUGCGCUAUGACAACUACUCGGUGUAUAAGGUCAAGUUUGAAACCCGAGAGCAGAGAAGUAUCCUGAGAAAGCUUGCAGAGGAUCGGGAAAAUUUCAGGCUGUGGCACGAAGCCAAGGAUGAGUUGCACCUGAUGCUAAGUCCAGGUGCUUUUGGCGAACUCGAGACUGAAAUGCGGAGGACCAAUGUCACGGCUGAGCUGUUUAUCAGCAAUGUGCAGGAGCUCAUUGAUUCGGAGGAAGCUGCCAAUCUGAAAGCGAGCAGAGAUGGAUCCUUCGGUUGGACUAAGUACAAUUCUCUGGCAGAAAUCUAUGCGUGGCUGGACGAUAUACUAGCCGCUUAUCCUUCGGUGACUGAGAGCUUUAUAGUGGGUCAAUCGUACGAGGGCCGCACCAUCCGGGGCAUAAAGAUCUCCUACAAGUCGAAUAACCCUGGAGUGCUAAUUGAGUCCAAUAUACAUGCAAGGGAGUGGAUCACCUCCGCCACAGCCACUUGGUUGAUUAACGAGUUCCUCACCUCCACGGAUGAGUUAGUGAGGGAUCUUGCCGAGAACCACGACUGGUACAUAGUGCCAGUGCUGAAUGUCGACGGUCUUGUGUACACUCACGAAAAGGAUCGCAUGUGGCGAAAGACCCGUCAACCCUCCGACAUUUCUAGUUGUGUCGGAGUAGACCCCAACCGAAACUACGACUCGCAUUGGAUGGAGAACGAGGGAGCUUCUUCGGAUCCCUGCGCUGAGGACUACGGUGGACCCAAGCCCUUUUCCGAGCCUGAGAUCCAGGCCAUGUCUGAGUUCGUAAUCAGCAUCAAGGACAAGAUCAAUGUGCUGCUCGCGUUCCACUCGUACAGUCAGCUCUUGCUCUCUCCCUACGGACACACCAAAGAAGAGUUUCCGCCCAAUUUCGAUGAUAUGAUGGAAGUGGCUCAAGCGUAUGGAGAUGCAGUUGAGAGCCUGCCCUAUGGAACUGUCUACAGAUACGGCUCAGCUGCCGGCAUUCUCUAUCCUGCGUCUGGGGCCACCAUAGACUGGGCAUACAAUGAACAAGGGGUGCAGAUAUCGUAUACCAUUGAAUUCAGGGACACCGGUCGAUAUGGGUUUAUCCUGCCCCCGGUGCACAUUAUUCCGAACGCAGAGGAGGCAUUAAUCGGAAUUGCUGCCCUAUUAGAAAAGUGUAAAGACCUGGGCUAUCUCGUACUUAAGAGCACCUUGUAAGUGCUGGGGAAAUUCAGUGUGCAAUAAACCAAUAAAG